AAGACGCAUCAACAUCAUAUUUGAAGCUACCUUUAUUUGUUUUUUCUUUAAGAAAAAUGGCGUCCGCGCCCUUCUUCUUGGGCUUUAUCUUGCUUUUAGCCUGGUUUAUCAGAAACAUUCACUUGGUGAAGGUACUUUACGUGUUAAAGGGCUCCAGCGUCGUCCUCCGUCCAGAUGAGGCGGAAACGCCCAUCACCAGCAUAAAAUUGAAACACGGAGAGGAUUUGGAUGCAGAGUGGUUUGGAGGGAAUCCAACUUUCUACCUCAGCUGUAACGAUAGCUGCAGCUUAAAUACUAAAACGGGGGAACUGACGAUCAACGAUGUGAGGCUGGAGCACGGCGGCGUGUACACGCCAGAGAUUAACGGAAAAAUCCUGCCUGGUAUAAAACUACAGGUUUUCUCUCCAGUCCUCAAACCCAACACUUCUCAUGACUGUAAUCCUGAGCAAACCCACACCUGUAUCCUCACCUGUAGGCUGAACAGAGCCGAAGAUCUGGGAGGAAAAGGAGACACGGAGCAACAGAUCACUGAGGAGACGAAGGAGAAGACGUUUACCUGCAGCAUGGAAAAUUUCGUCUGCUCUGAGAGCAGCACCAAACCUCAAAACCCUCUCCUUCCUGGAGGAGCGUGUGUCGCUGAAUGGAUUCCUGUAGUCCUGUCGGCUGUUUUAGCUGUUACACUUCUUACUUUUGUUGUUUUUUUGUGUAGGAUAUGGAAUGUACGCAGAAAAAGACGUGUCAGGGUUUUAAGGCCUUUACCAAAAAACAAGUCAUCUGAAGGGGACGGCCAAACACUCUUGGAUGUUGAUCGGAGGAUUUUGAGAAUUUUAAAAGAAAGAGACGAAAUAAAGCUGUCUGAAGAAUGCGAGCUGAUGCUUCUGACUGUACGUUCCAUGAUUUCGAGGAUUUUAAAAGAAGGAACUAUGGUCAAGAAAAAUCUUCAAAAUGUUCAGGUGAUGAUUGAGAUGUUUUUCAAAGGAAGAAAUGAAACCAGGCAGAAUGGAGAUGCUGAGCAAGCACUCCGGGAGGUUCAUCAGAUGAUUUCAAGAAUCAUCAGCAAAAGGAAGGAAAAAACUGCAGUUCCAGAAGAAGAACUGAGUCCUCUGAAUGAGGAAAUAAAGCUGACUUUGGCGAAGACCUCUCAAACCGCUACUGAGAUUCAGUCUAAAACGGGAACUGGAACUGACGACGAAUUCGAGGAUCCGAGCACAGAUCCACCUGAAGAGGGCGUUUCACAAAAUUGGUGAGGAUCUUUAAACCACCAGAGUUUUGUCCUGGAUCAGCUGUGAAUGAUCUACCAGAGGCAGAGCGACCUGAAGUCUCCUCAGGUUCUCCUGAUGGAACCGUCUUCACCUCUGAGCCGACUUAACAACUGUUACCUCCAGACUGCAGAGUCCUACACGACGGAAUAGUUUCUUUGAUGUUCUGGAACAAUAAUGGAGAGUCUUGCUCUAAACUACAGUCAUUUUGAUAUUUUUGUUUUUCUAUUCAUUUGUAUUUUUAUUAUAGCUUUGAGACCAUCAGUUAAAAAAAAAAAAAAAGGGUUUGAGUGUUCAAACGGUGUCUGACCCCUUUAUGGUUUCUGUGCUUUAAUAUGACAAAAAUGCUGCUUUUACAUGUUUAGGAUUGUUCAGUCCAGGUUAAGUUCCAGCUUCCAACAAUGUUUUGUUUCAUCAUCACUGAUUUGUAACCAGAUGAUUUUGUGUAUAUAUAUACAUAUUUUUAUCUGAACUGCAGUAAAACACUUGAACGAAGACAUUCAGAAA